CUACUAUCACACCAAUACACUCGUUAUGGACGCUUCAGUAUCAGAAAUAGCUAAUAUAACAUGGACUCAAAACGCUUUACACGUGUUGGCCACUACUCUGCAUCUCACGUCGUACCUGUAUCCUGAGCAAGCGCUGAUUCAUGAUGGUGACGUAUUCGACUACAUAGUAGUGGGUGCAGGUACUGCGGGUUGUGUGAUCGCGAACAGGCUCACAGAAGAUCCCACGUCGAAAGUCUUACUGAUAGAAGCUGGGGGUGACCCUCCGAUAGAAUCUGGCUUGCCUGGCUUGAUGUCAUAUAUGAAACAAUCAGCAGAAGAUUGGAAUUAUACGUCAGUAUACGACGGAUAUUCACAACAAUGUCACACACCUCCCGUUUCUGAUAUACCAAGAGGGAAAAUGCUGGGAGGUUGCAGUAGCAUGAACUACAUGUAUUAUGUUCGAGGAAAUCCGUAUGAUUAUGACAAUUGGGCAAAUAUAACUAAUGACAACACCUGGAGUUAUAACAAUGUUCUACCAUAUUUUAUCAAAAGUGAAAGACUUCAAAAUUCAAAAAUUUGGAAUACACCAAAUGCAGCAUUUCAUGGUAGCGAAGGUUACUUAGGAGUGACAAAACAGUUUGAGAAAAGAACAAACAAAUAUUUACAAGUUUUUAGUGAGCUCGGGUAUAAUGUCGUUUUAGAUACAAAUGGAAAUUAUACACUUGGUUUCACUGAGCCUUUGCUCACGAUGGUUAAUGGUUAUCGACAAAGCACAGCCAAAACGUUCCUCUCGCCUAUUAAAAAUAGAUCUAAUUUACAUGUUUUAAAAAAUACUCUGGUCACUAAAAUUAAUUUUGAUGAAGACAAUAACGCCGUUAGUAUUGAUGCGAUCAAAGAAAAUAAGAAAAAAAUAACAAUAAGAGCAAACAAGGAGAUCAUAGUGUCAGCUGGAACCAUAAAUUCUCCACAGUUGCUCAUGUUGUCGGGCAUCGGUCCUAGGAAACAUUUAGAGGAUUUAGGUAUUAACGUAAUCGCAGACUUGCCUGUAGGAGAAAAUUUACAAAAUCAUAUAAGUGGUAUAUCGACUUAUGCAUUAGAAAAAACUCCUAAACGACCUAAAGACCCCCACAAACAUCCACAACCAACUGUUAUGGGUUUUGCUACAGUGGAUAACUUACAAACAUAUCCAGACUACCAAUCAAUUAAUCUUAUAGUGGAUAGCGAGGAUCUAUUACAAAGUUGUGCAUUUACAAAUGGUUUCAAAAAAGAAAUUUGUAAUAUCUUUUACAAAGAGGCAAAAGGAAGAGAGGUUAUGAUAUCACAGACAAUUGUACUUCAUCCAAAAUCACGAGGUCGUAUCUUGUUGCGAAACAUCAAUCCUUAUGUUUAUCCGGAAAUAUUCACUGGUUAUUUUUCUGAUGCUUCUGAUUUGGAGAACCUUGCUUCAUAUAUGGAACGUGUUAAUUGUGUAAUGACGACGAAUUACUUUCAAGAGGUAAAUGCAACGUUUUUGAUUCCACCAGAUUGUGCAUCGAACGAACCAGGCAGCAAGGAGUUCUGGAGAUGUUACGCUCUGUGCAUGGCUAUGCCAAUGAAUCACUACAUAGGAACGUGUGCCAUGGGAUCUGUGGUGGAUGGGAGACUCAAAGUAUUCGGUGUGCAGAGAUUGAGGGUGGUGGACGCUAGCGUGAUUCCUAACAUGACUAGUGGUAACACUAAUGUACCUAUAAUAAUGAUCGCUGAAAAAGCUGCAGAUUUUAUAAAGGCAGGAAAUUGAUAUUUUUUAUUAAAUUAUUAUUCUAAUAAUAAGUAGAUAUAAUAUAAAGAAGUAUUUGAAAAACUACUUAUGAUUAUUACAUUUCCUAUUAUAAUUUCUUUUAAAUUUAGGAACGCCAUUUUUGUGUGAAAGUGAGCAUAUUAAUUGUUGUGUACAUCUAAUAAUUAAUGCUGGAUGAGCGUGUAAAUAGCCUCAUCAUUAACGCGGCUGCCCCCGAUCUUUUCUAGUCAUCGACAGAGGAAGUGUUGUUGUAUCUGUUGAUAGUACGAUAUACGAACAUACGGCUGAUACCAAGCUUUUGAAGUAUCUGGAAUAUGACUGACGGCUCCAUACCCACUUUGUGUAAGGCGAUCAUUGCAAUCCUAUUUUCUUUAAUACCCCAUUCCAUAUUGUAAUUUGAUAAUGAACACGAAAAAAAAUGUAAAGGGCGCGAAAUCGAAAGAAGUUUUUAAAAUAAUAUACGUGUUCCAAAUUCAAAAUAAUUAAAAAGUUGAAAAAAAUAAAAGUUUUUAUGUAACAAUAUUUUUGGCCAGACUAGUUACAUUACGCAAAUCCUAAUAAAGGGCUUUAUUUUUAUUAUUACUUUUGACAUUAUCAUCAAUCAUCAAUGUUUAUAAUUUGAAGAGAUUCAGAGAAAAAGUUACAUUUUGAUUUUCAGUUAUUUAUUUAAUUGUAUGAGAUAAAGCCUU